AGUAAUUAUGUCUACCAAAAGAUAUGUUCAAGAAUAUUCAUGGCAGUGUUAUUCAUAAAAGCUAAAAAUUGAAAGUAACUCAAAUUUCCAGCAACAGAAUACUACACAGAAAUAAAAAAGAACAAACUUGUGUCAUGGCUGCCUCGAGAAGCUCAUAAGAGUUUCCACCUGUGGUGGUAAGGGUCAGAAGCCUACACUCGCACAUUUAGCGAGGUCAAGUUCCAUCUUCAUUGUGGAGUCGACACCUUCUCCGAUUCCUCGGCGAUGGCAUCCGGGAGUGGUAUGACGCAGAAAACCUGGGAAUUGGCCAAUAACAUGCAGGAAGCUCAGAGUAUCGAUGAAAUGUACAAAUAUGACAAGAAACAGCAGCAAGAAAUCCUCGCAGCGAAGCCCUGGACUAAGGAUCACCAUUACUUUAAGUACUGCAAAAUCUCAGCAUUGGCUCUACUGAAAAUGGUGAUGCAUGCCAGAUCAGGAGGCAACUUGGAAGUGAUAGGUUUGAUGCCAGGAAAGGUGGAUGGUGAAACCAUGAUCAUUAUGGAUAGUUUUGCUUUACCUGUAGAGGGCACUGAAACCCGAGUAAACACUAAGGCUGCUGCAUAUGAGUACAUGGCUGCAUACAUAGAAAAUGCCAAACAGGUUGGCCGCCUUGAAAAUGCAAUUGGCUGGUAUCACAGCCACCCUGGGAUUGAUGUUAGUACUCAGAUGCCCAAUCAGCAGUUCCAGGAACCCUUUGUAGCAGUGGUGAUUGAUCCAACAAGAACAAUAUCUGCAGGGAAAGUGAAUCUUGGCGCCUUUAGGACAUACCCAAGAGGCUACAAACCUCCUGAUGAAGGACCUUCUGAAUACCAAACUAUCCCACUUAAUAAAAUAGAAGACUUUGGUGUACACUGCAAACAAUAUCAUGCCUUAGAAGUCUCAUAUUUCAAAUCCUCAUUGGAUCGCAUAUUGCUUGAACUUUUGUGGAAUAAAUACUGGGUGAAUACACUGAGUUCCUCUAGCUUGCUUAUUAAUGCAGACUAUACCACUGGGCAGGUCUUUGAUUUGUCUGAAAAGUUAGAGCAAUCAGAGGCCCAGCUGGGAAGAGGGAGUAUCAUGUUGAGCUUAGAAACACACAACCGGAAGUCAGAAGACAAACUUGCCAAAGCUACAAGAGACAGCUGUAAAACUACCAUAGAAGCUAUCCAUGGAUUGAUGUCUCAGGUUAUUAAGGAUAAACUGUUUAAUCAAAUUAAUAUCUCUUAAACAGUCAUUGAAUAGUACUUUUGCCUGAAAGCCAGUAUG